AGCCUCUAUAGGCAGUCCGAGUUAAUAUAUUCCAGAUAUAUGGAUUUAUACAGUGUUAUUUCAUUUAUAGAACGCUCGGUUACGCAUACUUCGAGGAUGGAUGUGUAAAGUCUUGGCAGUAUGAAUGAUUUAUUUGUAUUCUUCUAUUAUUAUAAUCUGGAUAAUUAAAAAGUUAAUAAUAUUUUCGGUUAUCUCAGGACUUCAAAACUUGUACAUUUUACAUUCCCUCCCCCAUUCACUUUCCAAUGCAAUGACAGACUUGCCAUUUUUUCCAAUAUACAAACCGCUCAGAAAUGCACCACCAAAUAUGUAUGGAUUAAAAGUACACCGUGCAAAUAUUUACAGACCCUGCGAUUCGUAUUGCCUGAUUAUUGCAAAUAUUUUCCUUUUGUUAAUGGUUUAAUGGGCUGAAAUUAACAAAACUGCAGAAGCUGGAAAUCUUAAGUAAAAUCAGAAAAUACUACAAGUUUCUUCCAUCUCCUGUUUCACUUUCACAGAUGCUGCCUGACUCGCUGAUUGUUUUCAUUACUUGAUAAAUGCGGAAAUAACAAAAUAAAAGCAUAGCAGGAAAGAAACAAAACAAUAAAACAAUGCUAAAUUUAAAUUAAUAAAAUGUGAUUCCAGCACAUUUGCUGUCAGCAACGCCAUUUUCCAGCAGACGUUCUUUUGGAGCAGUUUUACCCUCGUCUUGGUGUCGCACCGCCUUUUUUUGUACGAAAGAAAACCCCUGGUCGCUCAGUUCAUGAGCAGCGCCUGACUUGUUGCGCUGUGAGUGAGUGUUGGACACGGUUUCUUUUUCCUCUUCUCUCCCGCUGGGUAUUCCCGCCCACUUCAUCAGAUCGGACACCAACGGCAGGAGCCUGCAAGUGUAAAUACUCGCAAGCCUCCAUUGAAAACAACUUUUUUUUGCGCGUGUUUGUUUUUUAAAGCGGAAAGGGAAGAGCAGGAAUAAAAUAAAGUUAUUUUGUUUUUAUUUCGUGGACGCUUGGCUUGCCAUCGCCUCCACUUCUCCAAUGGCGUGGCCGUGCUGAGGCGGCUCGGCAGCUCGGAGUCCGGUCCGGUUCGGUGGCGGUGUCGUCUUCUCGCUCAAUUAACCGGGCGGGUGCUGUCUGCUCGGGCCCCGUGAUGGCGCGCUGCUGCCUGUCCGAGGAGGACAAGGAGUCCCAGCGGAUCAACGCCGAAAUCGAGAGGCAGCUGCGGAGGGACAAGAAGGACGCCCGAAGGGAACUCAAGCUGCUGCUGCUGGGCACCGGUGAAAGUGGCAAGAGCACGUUCAUUAAACAGAUGAGGAUCAUCCAUGGAGAUGGCUACUCAGAUGAAGACAGGAAAAAUUUCACAAAGCUUGUAUUUCAAAACAUAUUUACUGCAAUGCAGGCCAUGAUCAGAGCCAUGGACACACUCCGGUUGCAGUACAAGAUAGAAAGAAACACUGACAAUGCAAAUAUGAUCAGAGAAGUAGAAGUGGAUAAAGUAUUCUGUUUUGAAAAACCAUAUGUUGAAGCAAUAAAGAAAUUAUGGAAUGAUCCCGGGAUCCAGGAAUGCUACGACAGACGGCGAGAAUAUCAGUUAUCAGAUUCUGCCAAAUACUAUCUUAGUGAUGUAGAUCGGAUUAGUUCAGCAUUGUAUAUACCAACUCAACAGGAUAUACUGCGGGUCAGAGUACCAACAACUGGAAUCAUCGAAUAUCCUUUUGAUUUGGAGAACAUAAUCUUCAGGAUGGUAGAUGUUGGAGGUCAGAGGUCAGAACGAAGGAAGUGGAUUCACUGUUUUGAGAAUGUCACCUCAAUCAUUUUCUUGGUGGCACUUAGUGAAUAUGAUCAGGUCCUGGCUGAGUGUGAUAAUGAGAAUCGAAUGGAGGAGAGUAAAGCAUUAUUUAAGACGAUUAUCACCUAUCCCUGGUUUCAUAGCUCUUCGGUCAUCCUCUUCUUGAACAAGAAGGAUCUCCUGGAAGAAAAGAUCAUGUAUUCUCAUCUAGUUGAUUACUUCCCAGAAUAUGAUGGUCCACAGCAAGAUGCCAAAGCAGCACGGGACUUCAUUUUGAAGACUUAUCAGAAUCAGAACCCCGACAAAGAAAAGGUCAUCUACUCUCAUUUCACAUGUGCCACAGAUACAGAGAAUAUACGGUUUGUCUUUGCUGCUGUCAAGGACACUAUUCUACAAUUAAACCUGAAGGAAUUUAACUUGGUAUAAAGGACAAACAACAUAUAUUGUUCAUCAUUUAAUAUGUUUUAAUGCCCGAGUUUUACGUGCAAGUUUAGAGUUGUAUUAGGAACCUGAAAACUUACCAAUUUACCACUUGUACAGCAAACUUGGUGAUAUUGUACAGGUGUUUAAUUUCAGAUUCAACCUCAAUUCUGUUUGGAAUUAUUUUUUCAAAUAGUUAGGAGCUUUUCUGUUUGAAUAAAAACAAUUUGUGCUGGCAAUGUGUGGCACAUUUCUGACAAAGAGUCAAAUGAAGACCUUUAAUAGCUUUUGUGGUUUCAAACAAUCCUGGGAAUCACGUCAAAAGAAACAAGUAUGUUUUUCCUAAACGUGCUUAUUUCACAGUUCUAAGUACUGAAAACACACUUAUCUUUACUUUCAUGUAUGGCACUCUAUCAAAAAUACAAAAUUUCUGGAAUCCGGUGGUUCACUGAAUGUAGCUAAUUACCUAAAAUAAAAACAACCAGAUUUUUCUAUAGUUUGCAUAAUUUGAGUUACAUUUAGUUACAUGGAGUAGCUUUAAUUACUUGUUUAAUGAGAACUCUAAAUGAUUGCUGAAGAAACAAGUUCUUAGGUGUUACUUGCAACAUUUUAAAAUAUGUCAUCCAAUCAUUCUUGGGUCAUAAAACCACAGAUGCCUUCAACAUUUAAAUUCUAGCAUAAGUUGUUGCUCUUAAUAAAGACAGUGCAGUAAACAUGCGAAAUACACAGUUUACCACCUCAGACAAAUUGUAAUGGAAUUCAUUAGCAAAGAAUAGUGUAUGAUGCUUUCCUCCAACAAGUGAAAGGUUUAUAUGACAAGGUGAAAUAUAGGUUAGUUUGCCAAUUCCAAAGGCCUGUGUUCCUAAACAAUGUGGUAAGUACCUUAAUACUAGAGUUGUAAAAGAUGGAAGAAACACAGCUUGAUAGGACAUUUUUCUACCAGCUACUGAAAGGAGUUACACAUUGGUACAUCAGUGUUUGCAAGCCUUUGUAAAUAUGUAUCCUAUAUAUAUAUGCAUAUCUAUAUAUAUAGCAUUUUUAUAGCCCUGGAAGUUGUUUAUCGUGGUUAAAUAGAAAUAUUUGUUGGAAGGAUAACUAUCAGCAAUUUCAACUGUACAGGUUUUUCCUGACAAUUUAGGAGUGCAAGAUAAAAAAAAAUUGUACUGUUUUGAAGUUCUAAGUGAUAGUGCACAUUUUUGCCAUUAAUCUCAUUUUGACUUUUAUAAUUUAAUUCACUGCUGUUUUACAUAUGAGGUCAUUGUAAUCUUUCCAUUUCAACACUUGUAUCUAUUUUUAUUAAUUUUUACAGUUUAUGCAAUACAGUUUUUGAAUAUUGUUAAAUUGCCAUUGAAUUUGAAUUUCAAAUGUAUAAAAAUCUGUGUUUUGCCAUACCAUUCCAUGAAAUGUACCUGGCAUGAUGCACCUAAUUGAGUUUGUCUGCAGUCAUUAUGCUUUUUAUUACACCAUAAAUAUUUAAAGAAUUACAUAUCAAGUUGCAGUGUCUGGUGGGCCCUGUGUAAUCUAGUUCCUCAUUCAAAGUAAACAAAUUUGGCCUGCUUACUUCGAUCUAAUUUAACCAUUCAUGCUAUAAGAAAUCCAAGAGACCUCCAAGAUAUUAACAGGGACAAGUUGUGUACAUGUUGUUUCAUGGGUGUCCUUGCAUGAUGUGUGGUUUUAAUCCCACAUUAGGCACCUUUCAAUCUAAUGGGCUGUAUGUCCAGAAGUCAGUGCAAAUGUCAAGCAUAUCAUCCACUUCAGUGGCGAACACUCAGGAAAAGGUUGCAAGCCCAGGUAGGUCUGAGGCCUAAUCUGAUCUUGAGUGACAACUUUAGGGGAGUCCAGACAGAGGGGAAAACAAACCGUUCCUGACCAACACAGCAAAUGCAUUUUCUGUUACAAUUUGGUCCACGUUGCUUUAGAUUACUUAUAGCUUGAGAUUCUAAAGGUAUGUGUAUCAUAGCUGUCCAUCUUCAAAUCUGUGAAGCAGAUUAAGUAAGAGGUUGAUGGUCUUAUUGAAAUGUUUAAAUUGCGAAAAUGCCUCCCAGGAUGCCAUUGGCUGCUUGCUCCUUCUCCCAUUUCUAUUAAGCUUGAAUAAUGCAUGAAAAGAAGAGGAAUUUCAAAUCAAAUAAAGUAUAAUAAAAUUAAAACAUUAAAUUCUAACCCUCUUCACUUUAGCUUUCAGACUGCAUGGUCAAACUUCUGUCCAGAUAAUAGCUUUGUCAGCUGUGGAAAUUAAAGCUUCCUGUUCAUGUACUACUAUCAGUUAGAGGUUUAAAAAAAAAGGGAACAGAUUCGAGGACAGUUCUGGAAUCCUUGAUUUCAAAAUUUCUCAGUUCAAGUUAAUUCCCAAUAAGAAGAGAAAUGUGAUUAGUAUUGAAGAUUUAGGAAGCAGAUGAAGAAUUUAGGUUGCAUUGAUGUAAAUAACCAAAUAAUUCACAUUUUCCUAUGGAUGGUGAAAUUGUGUUCACUUUUUUCCUGAAAUAUAUUUUAUUACAUGUGAAAGAUAAUGGUUGAGUUAUUUAUGAUUCUGCUGGGAUCUUUGUGUUUAGAAUAAAAAUAGACUUUCACUGACACCAGAAUUCCCAAGUCCUUUUACUUGCACUCAACUUCUGUUUUACAUAUACCACUGUAUCAAAAAUAAUCAUGGGAUUCUUUAUGUUCCAGUUCUUUAUAUUUUGUGGGGAUAAAAACAAACUAUCAAUAUCACCACUGUAUAUUGUAUUAAGUUAUUUUGUAAGCAUAUUUCAGCACAUGAUGUCAAUAUUUUAUACCAGUCAUGCUGUGAUAGGCAGCACCACUUUGCAUUCUGAAAAAAUAUGCCAGACUGAAGCAACCAUCUAAUUUUGCUUGUAAAGCUGUCAUUUUUCCAGUUGGAAAUAGUUUAUUUUAAAAUUUGUAUUUGGCAGUUGUGGAUUAGAACCUAAACAUACAUACUAUAAUGUAAUAUUGAACAGAGUGCAGAAAGUCACUGUUCCCAUUUGCAAUCAGAUGCAAAAUACCAUCUUUUCAGGUGCUGAAAUAGACAUUAGAAGGUAUUUCAAUGCACUUUUAUUAUCUGUGUUUCAGCUACAUGACAAUUCCAAUAUAUUUUCAACUUCUUAAAAAAAAUUAGCCAAGUGUGUAUAUUUUACUCUGUACAAAAAUCAAAAAGCCUAUAACUUUUAAAAGUUAACAUUUGACCAACCAUUGUUAAGAUUCUUUUAUUAUUGUGGUGUUUCAUUGGUUAAUAAUUAAUUCAAAUGUAUUUUGAAAAAUUCUUUCAUAUUUGAUAAUGCUGCUGUUUAUACGGAAAUUAAACACAAACUUUGUUUUUAUGUUUCAUA